CUGGCACACCCACCCUCUCCUCCGUCACUGUGGGAGAGUCAGUUGGGCCUUGUGGGCUUCCUGGUCCUCAGCUCCGCCUCGCCUCGAUGUGACCGGACAGGGGAAACACUUCUCAGUUAAAGAACAAAAGCAACAACGGACAGACCGAGGAGGACCACGUAACGACGACUGGACCUCAGCGUACUGAGAAAUCCACACCCACCGAGACGAGAAUCUGCCGACGAUUGAACUCACAAGCAGGGCGACAAACUUGGCCGUCUCGCAUCUUUGUAAUCCGUCGAGGUGCUUGAUAAAUAAGACAAGGGUCAAACAGGCAGACUGUAUUGUUUCCCGGGGCUUCCUCUCUCAAACUUCGGCCAUAAAAAGCACAGUGGUAGAAGAGAAACUCUGGAUAUCCCCCGAUUUCCUUUCGUUCAAACGGACCUCGUGGAUAAAGGACUGUUUUGUCAUUUUCGGUUUCUGUUGUGGCAUCUGCCUUUCCGAAGAGGCCACACUUUUCUUUCGGGCCGAGUACUUGGAAGUGGAACAAAGCCCGAGUGGGACGGGGUGAGAGCUUACUUUGAUAACCCAGAUGGCAACUUACGGUGAACUUAAUGGCAGAAAUGGACUACUUUUGGCCAUGAAGGAGUCUUUUGAAGGAAAAACAAUAAAGACAGAAUGUGAAGGAAAGCUUGAUGCUAAACGACCCUCCAAGGAUUUGUGCCGGUCUUCCAGCUCAGCUGAAAGCAAUGCAAGCACUGGGGCUAGUUUUACCACCAACCACAACUCAGUUGUGUGCCUGCCUCUGGUAUCAGAGGGACUGAAGUUGGUAUGGACACAGUCAGAUCAGACCCGUGAACUUGACACAGUUUCAGAGCUUGUGCAAGCCUUCAACUUAUUUCCAUACCCAUCAUCUCAUGAGGUUAACACCCUGGCCAGGGUAUGUGCCUUGCCACUAGACAAAGUUAAGGUGUGGUUUAUGGUGCAGAGAAUUAAAUAUGGUAUCAGCUGGUCUUCAGAGGAGAUAGAGGAGACACGACGGAAGCUAGCAGUACCUGAGCUUUAUGAUGACUCUACUGAGGCAAAGGAAGAAGCCAAAAUAAAGAGCAACAGCAUAAUACAUGAGGAAUUGGUAAUUGAGGAUAAGGACAACGGUGAAGUCGGGGGUGUUCUACCGAGCUUCACCCCCCCAAAGAAAACGCCAAAGUCUGAGUCACCAGAUUCCUACAAACCAGCCAAACCCACUGUCCCAUGUUUCAGUUCCACCCUUCCACCUCCUCAGGAUUCAUACUACUAUCGCCCACCAGCAGACACACCAGCAAGUACAGCUACUGAUGUUUCCCUUGACCUUACAGAGCCAUCUUCACAACAGCACCGCCAUGGGCGCUACAAAAAGUCUAAAGCUCAGCUCGCUGCUCUUCGAAAAAGCUUCCUGAGGGAGAACUGGCCUGCAGAGACAGAGCUGAGACGUUUGCAGGAGGAAACUGGGCUGACCCGCAAUGACAUUCGUAAAUGGUUCAGUGACAGCCGUUAUCAGCUUAGGGUUGGCCGAGGAAGUCUGGCAGCAGCCCAGAGCUAUUCUCAACACACUGCUGUGGGAGGUAAACAUGAUCAACAAACUCAACCUCUUCCACUUAUUACUGAAAAGACUGGUCAGCUUCAAAGCAUCAAGGGCCAGGAGGGAACCCGUAGCAGUGGAACUGGAAACUCACAUUUCUUUCAGACCUUUUUGUCAAAUAGCCUUGAAGCAUUCGAGGAAAGGGCUCUUGAGGCAGAAGAGUGUGAUGUUAUGGAAGAGCUUUCUGGUGACAGGGACAGUUUUAAAGACAAGAUACAAAAUGAAGAACAGCCAUUACAACUGACUAAGGUGUUCAAAAUUGAAACACACAGUCCACACAAACCACCAAGUGUUUCAAAAUCAUCUCCUUACUCCUCCCCCUCUGGCAGCCCACCACUGACUAAUAAACAACUUUCAAACAGCAGCAACUCAAAGAAGUCAUCCCAUUCAGCCAAAGCCAGCCCUUCACAAACAGCCUUGCGCAUCUCAGGUGCUCCUUCAACUACAUCCACGUCACCUGCUCUCACUCCUGGUGGGCGACCAAGAAAGACCAAGGAGCAGUUGGAUCUUUUAAAACAGCAUUUCUUAAACUGCCAGUGGCCCAAGAGCGAUGAUUACACUGAACUUGUGAAGCUCACAGGUUUACCCCGUGCAGAUGUUAUUCAGUGGUUUGGUGACACACGCUAUGCUGUCAAAAAUGGCCAGCUGCGCUGGGUGAAAGGGGUCCGUGACCAGUUCUUGGCAGAACUUGCUACCCAGCAGAGUGGCAGUGGUUUAACUAAGGAAAGCAGCUCUGGGACAUCUAAUCGGGCUGGUGGCAGCCGCAAACGAAAAUCUCAGGCAAAUGGAACAAGUACAGAUACUCCUGAUACACAGCCAUUGGUCACAUAUUACCUUUCAAAUGGCUCACUACAAGAGAAAGACCUUGACUCUCUAUGCAAGAAAUCGAGAAUGAGUUACCAGCAAGUGCGAGAUUGGUUUGCAUCCCAGGAUGUUGGGGAGACUGACCAACAAGAAGACAGUAUUACUGAUUGAGACACUGGAACCAGACUUAUGAAUUGGGCUGUGCGAUAAGACCAAACUCUCAUUUCAUAUUCAUGUAGAUUAACAUAAUAAUAAAGCACAUUUUUAUGUAAAUCUAACCAAUAAAUAAAAGUAAAAUUUUGGCAUUGCGUAACUGAGGUCAAUUGCUAUUACCAAAUUACAAAAAGCCUAUUACUUAAACCAUGUUGAUUGGGGUCGUGUCAUUGCAGGAGUAAAUUAAAUUUGGCAGCCAUUGCUUCCUUCCAUCUUUGUUACUGGUUGCCACGUGGUCCGUUAGAAGAUGUAAGAACUCUUGCAGCACAUGGGAGAUUCCUUCUGUACUGUUGGGUGUGAUUGGCGUGUCGGUGGUGCGGUGUUGUCGUCCAUUCACAAAGUACUUUUUAUCUGGUCUGUGUCAGACUUUUCCGACCCACCACUUUCAUGCCACAGAUGUAGCCUCUCGUAUAGCUUCCCGUUUUAUCUUGAUUAGCUGGAGUCCUUAUCAUGUUGUGAAUUCCUGUUUUCUUUUACAGAUUAACUCUUGUUCAUUUUUGUUUGUGCUGCCUUCGGGCAAAUGCCUUACCCACAUCUGUGUCACCUGGAAGAGUGUAAAGCAUCCUCCAAAUGGCAUUAUACAGUAAAUUGUCUUAGAGAGUGACUGACAGUUGAACAGUGCAGUAAAAUUGGAUUUUUUUUUGUCACCACAUGACAUAGCUCAUCAUAUCACACAGCCCUACUUCAUAACACUUAUUAAAGUAGGUGGAGUGCUCCUUACAGCAUUUCCACCAACAAAGCUUUAAGUGGCUUUAAAAGGGCCAGGUUUGUUACAUCCAGUCUUCUCAGUACAUGCCCUGAAUGGGGUGUGUAUUUUGAGUAUUUGCUGCAUUUCCUGCUUAUCCUAAUGUAUUAUGACUUGAACUUUGAUUGUGUUGCUGUAAAUAGAACAGUAAAUUGUACACUGGUUUGCGAUAUUUUUGAGCUUAUUUUUAUUUAGAGAUCACUACUUCAGAUUUUCUUUUGUUAGUAUGCUGUUGUAGCGGUAUAAUUUAAACUGGUUGUACUUUUGGUACCUGACCAUAGCAGUGAGUAACUGCUCCAGAAAACGUCUGUGCUCAUGAAUUUGUUGACUGAUCAAGUGUCAUCAUUCCUUUACAGCCAGUAUCUUCCUGUCAUGAAAAGCACACUGGACAUGUACACUUUAAAUUGACAUCUUGCACUUUGGUUUCAGGCCCUGCUGCCAUUAUGUUUAUUAAACCCAAUUAUUUCACAAAAUUUAAAUUUCCUAAAUGGACAGUGUUAUUGGUCCGAUUACACUGAUACCUUGGAUCAUGUCUUAAGAAUACUGAGAAUGUUUCAUCAGAUUCUAUUUGUAUCUCUGAAACACAUUCCUCCUUUUUUUUUUUUUUAGUUAUUGUAAUAUUUGAGUUAGAAUUUCCAUACUUUGCUUGUCAUUUGCAUUUAGCUGCACCAUUUCUUUAUGGUAAAUGUUAGCAGUACUAGGAAAGCAGCAACAUGCAGAGAGUCAGAGUUAUCUAUAUCAAUUUUAAUGUGCACUCAUAGAUUUAGUCAGUAUUUUUAUAUCUCUUUUGUCUUAAUUAGUCUAUAGAGCAUGAUUUCAUCGUUUGAAAUAAAGACAAAGUAGAUAAGAUGACUCAUGGGGUCCAUGUACUGUUUAAGAUUUGAAAAGGGUUUGAAUCCAAAGGUAAAUUGCCAUUCUGUCACAUUACGAAUUAUAGCACAAGCAUUUGGGUUAUUAGUACAUUUAUUUAUUAGUAAUUCCUACAUUAUUGUGUCUUGCGAAAAGAAAAAUAAACUCUGUUCCCAAAAUACUUCUUAGUCGACUUGCAGAGGGUGAAGUUGGCUUUAUACAGAGCCCGGGUUCAAUACCGUGGAAACGUCUGUACAGGGGUGAGCUGACCAGAAUGUUGACCAAGCAGUGUGAAUCACUGUACCGGUUAAGAAAAGUGUUCUGCUGUGUGGAAAUGUCCUUAACACUUAACCCACAUUUUCCUGUACAUGUGUUUUCAAUGUAUUUUUUACUGAUUGAAAAAAAAAAAUCUCAUUUGCACAAUUGUGUCACUGGAAACCAGUAAAAGAUUUGCAUUUAUAA